AUGGCACCAACUGCACCAACACAUCUAUAUUUCAUCACAGGCAACGCAAAUAAACUCGCUGAAGUCCAAGCUAUUCUCGAUGGCGUGAUAGAGCUACGAAGUAAGAAUGUCGAUCUAGUUGAAAUCCAGGGCACAGCAGAAGAGGUCACAAUAGACAAGGCGCGGAGAGCGGCAGCAGCAGUCGGCGAACCAGUACUCGUAGAGGACACAUGUCUCUGCUUCAAAGCUAUGAACGGAUUGCCCGGUCCAUAUAUGUACGAGCACUUCGCAACGGCUAUCACUUCUCUAUGUCUUACAUAUCUUAGAAAAUGGUUCAUGAAAUCUCUUGGCCCGCACGGUCUGCAUAAGAUGCUCGCUGGCUUUGACGACAAGUCUGCAACUGCGGUCUGCAAUUUCGCAUACUGCGAGGGUCCAGAUCAUGAGCCAAUCCUUUUCCAGGGUAAGACCGAAGGCAGAUUGGUUGAGUCGCGAGGUCCCACGGUGUUCGGAUGGGAUUCAGCGUUUGAAGUUGGCGGCCAGACGUAUGCGGAGAUGGAGAAAAAGGACAAGCAUGCGAUCAGUCAUCGAGGACGGGCGCUGGAUAAGCUGAAGGAGUGGUUGGCACAAGCAAGCGAUGCAUAG